UUUCGAUUUGCGCCCAUGCAGCCGAAACGGCUAGAUAUCUAGAUUCCUCGUUGUCGAAAUGGCGGUCAUACACAGCUUGUUGAUAGCAUUAUUAGUGGCGAUGCCACUAAUAUCUGCCCAUAUACCGGAGGUUCCCCCAGACGCGGACUGGGAGACAAGGCAUAUGAUAGAGGAACAUCAUAUUUCUGACUUCGAUGCCGCCUCCUUCUUCCUUCUGCAUGACUACGACAGCACUGGAACAUGGACUCCCGAAGAAGUGCGAAAGACGUAUGGUCUCGACGACGAAUCUAAUUCUAAUUUAACCGAAGACCGAAAGAAACAAAUCUUGACUGAGGUGUUUGCGAUCUUUGAUCCAAAAAGGACUGGCGUGAUCACAAAGGAAGAGUGGCUGAGACUCUCCAAAGAGGGCAAGAAACUUCCCGACUUUGGCGUCGGCCCCGGACAUCACGGAGAUAUGGAGUAUGAAUAUGAGAUUCACCACUUCGAGAAAUACCACGGUGAAAAUGCUAGGCCGGAGGAUCUAACGCAUCCGGAGGACAUUGAGCAUUUCCGCAGACAUGACGAGGAGGAGCACGCCCAGAACAAACUCGACCAACUUCAGAUGAUGUCUAUAGUGGAGGCAAACAUCCCCGAGAAGUUUAAGAGGAGCACCUCUUAACACUGCAUGCAUACUCUUGGUUAUGCCAUGAUCUUCCAUAUGUUAUGUAUUCUUUGCGAGGAGUAUGGGUUUGAUUUAUUUGAAGAACCUUUAUGAACGAUUUGGCUACCUUCGGCGAUAGACCGCGAUUUGUGUUCAUGUUAAGCAUUGACCAUGAGCGUUUCGAGCGAGUUUGUCCAUCAAGGGUUUUGCAUCCCAGAGAUUCCCAUAGUUACAACCUGCUAUACACGAAUAUCAAAUACACAGUGCAUGACGCC